AUGUUUGGUAAUACACAGUGCCUCCUAUCCGUAGUACUAUUGAUUCUGAAUAAUAGAGGGAUUGCAAAACAAAGUCAAGAUGAUGUUAAGAUCACGGAAGACUUUGAUUUUAAUAUCACUCACAUAAUCAUUCAGAGCAUCCUUCUUUGUGGACCAGACGUCGUCUGCGAUAAGUCGAUCCUUUCUUCUCUUGGGAUUCGAAUUGACUCAGAUGUGGUUCCUCCGAACAGGUGCCCGUAUUGUUCCUGUCAGGAAUAUGACUGCUAUUCUUAUUCCCUAUGGUCUGACUAUACCUGCUGUCCCGAUUUAUUCUUUCAAAAAGGUCUAGUAGAAUGCACCGAUACUUACGUUGUUCCAUUCAGAUUUUCAAAACCAGAUCUCAUGGUGUCCCGUUGUCCGGUUGGUACAGAGGCCAUUUUAUCCGGUAACUGUACCAAGGAACAUGAAGAGAAAGAUCGGCUAACGCAACCACCGGUUGCUUCAUCAACAAGUUGGAUAUCCUACAAAAACAAAUACUGCGCUUUGUGUCAUAACGAGACGAAUUACCUGGAAUGGGUAUUAUCUUUCAAGUGCCUAGUUCCAACGGACAUCAACCAUCGUUCGUCAUCCGAUGAUCUAAUUGCUUUCGCCAAAUCAGAAUCCUGUGGCAUUAAUUUCGAGCAUCCAGACAUAGGGCCACAUAUAAAGCUCUGUCCUACUCGUUACGAUAAAAUAAUCGGUGCAUGCAAUGUAUCAGGCACUUGGUUGCAUUAUGACGACCAAAUACAAACUGCAUGUCAAAGUGGGUAUGAAGCACGUUAUGGCAUAUUUAAAAAUAUUUUCUGCAAAAUUUGCAACCCCCCGAAAUUCGAAGAGCGGGUUUUGAUUACAUCCUGUGAACACUCAAGCAUCUUUGAGGAUGCUUGCUUGAAUCUGACUUUCCUGCAGGCUUCAAUCCCCUAUAAGAAUUAUUUUUGCUUUCUAUGCAACCACGGCGACAAUAAUGAAGAAUACUACAAUGAUGUUAAGUUCAUAGCCGCCAAUGAGACAUAUUGGGGAAACAAAUUUAAAUUUGACAUUGAAAUUGCAUAUAUUGCAGACCAUGUAAAAGUGUAUUUGCAGGAAAAUGUGGAGAAAAUAGAGUCAAACGUACUUAAUAUAAAUACAGAGGGCAUAAAACCAACAGAAGAGCCGAUGCAGAUUAAUUUUCCAACAACGGUUGAAAAGGUCGAGCUGCAAAUAGAUAAUACCGUCUGUUCAACGAGAACAAGUGAUGGAACCUCUCCGGAUACUUCGCCCGCUAAUCUCUCACUUUUUCGUUAUUCCGUCAACUUGACAAAUCUAGUUUAUGCCGGUUUCUCUUUAUCAGGAAAAGGUACCUGCACACCAGGGUUAUUACCAAACUAUACAUUGUCCUUACAAAGAGACUGUUCCUGUUCUGUUGGCUGCACUUUUGGUUGCUGUGACGAUUUUUCGAUAAGGCAAAAAUGGACUUGCAUCAGUGAUGUGUACCCGGGAAGCGAUGGAAAUGAUGCGUACAAGAACUUUCGUGCAAUAAAUGGAUGUCUUCGCACGAAUUAUUUAGGAAAACUCUGCACACAGAGAAAUGAUUCUCAUUUUUACCAUUCUACUCCAGUACAACAUACAUAUUGGUUAACCACCUAUGCAAACGUAUUCUGUUACCUGUGUGAAGAAAUCCAAGAAGAACACUGUGGGAAACUCUAUUCAAGUUUAUCGAAUUUAAGUCCUUGGAUUUUUAAGGUCACUUGCAAAUCAUACGUAAAUUUUCUCCAUUUUCAGUCAUUUCAACAAGUGAUAGACAGUUUCAAAGAAAGUUCCUGUGAUAUAAGGUUUCAUGUUCCAUUUUUAACCGAGAGAUGUAGUGACGUUUGCAAUGUAGAUAUAUCAUCUUGUAAUGUGUCGGGGACAUGGAAAUCGUACAACAAAGAUGUACUUAUAGCGUGUGAACAAGCAGACGCCUUGACGUUUCCGCCUGUAAGCUCGGGUUCGGCAGUCUACAAAAAUAAAUUCUGUUUAAUAUGUAACCCAACUGAAGUGAAUUCAUCUGAAAUAAUCCAGACAUGUAAAGAAGAUAAAGAUCCAAACUUAGUCAAAGCUUGUCUUCAAUUUCAAAACAUUCAUGUUUGCUCCCAGUACAAAAACAUUUUCUGUGAAAUGUGCAAUGAUGUGAACGUAUCAUCCUGUGAAGGUAUUGUUUAUUGGAACUACACCACUGGUGAAGUACAUGGGAGUAGUUUUCCCUAUGAUUUCAGCUUCCGGUCGCCAUUUUCAUUAGCUGCAUAUGAUAAAAAUGAUGAUCAGGCAUUACUGGAGAGCCCUUUAAGCUGUUUACCAAACCAAAUCUACGAUGAACGUCUUCCAUUCGGGAAUAAACCAGCCUGUGAAACAUGGAACGGUAUUGUUGACAAACCAAUCGUGUAG